AUGACCUUCAGUCCCUUUGGCGUUGGCCUCGCUCUCACGAAGGUAGCCAUCAGCUGCUAUGUAGCAGUAUUGAAUUCUGCAGCGCUGCAGAAAGACAAGAACACCUUCCCUGUGCAGUUCUCCUGCUUAAAGGUCUCCUGGGCCGCGGCCAGCUUGGUUUAUAUGGUCGUCAAGGAUGGCCUGUUGGGAGAUGGGGACAUGUUUGGAGAGUGGACACAUCGCACGGUGGUUCUGGUCUUCUGUGGCUUUAUUCUCAAGACGCUCUUCAACCAGUACCUCUUGAAGGUGUUGGAUGCGAUUUGGAAGAACAUUAGCGAGGCAGUGGGUGUCAUCUUGGUGUACUUUGGAAGGGUGGUCUUCCUGGGAGCUUCCUUCAGUGGACCAGUCUUCAAUGCUGGCAUUACAGUGGUUCUGGCUUGCAUUGCUUACGUUCUUUCCAAGGAGGGAGGUAAAGCCAAGAAGAGUGAUAUUGGGGAUGAGUUGAAUCCAAAUAUCUAUCCGGACCUUUCGGCGAGCCUGCUGCGGCACAGGUCACGGCCGUGA